AUGAGGAAUGGGAUGUUGACGAUCUCGUGCGCACUGCUAUGGCGAGCUUCGGGGUCACACGUCCUGCCCAAGGCUCGGCACGGACAUGGAGUACGCUCGGCUCGAGGGUACCUUAUUUGGAGGUCAAGGGAAGGGCAGCAGGGAAAUUGUAUCAUCGCCCCGCGUGGCGCCUGUGCCGCCAAGCCACCCAUCCGCAGACCCAUCAAGCUCCCUAGCGUUAUCGAAAUAAGGCAGCGAAACUCUCCGAGCCCGUCAGUGCUUAGACGCGCCGACCGCGAUCUGCCAGCGACUUCAUCUCAUCCAGCACCUGGACCAGCCAAGCUCUCAAUCACGCUGUUGUUGGUUGUCGGUAUCCCGUUGCCGGUAUCUACACAUGUUGGGACGAAUGUCACCUGGCAUGCUGGCGUUUCAAUGACCGAGUCCGAUGGGAAGGGCCUGACGGUGCCCAAAUUCUCUUCCUUCAAACCACCAGCGCCGGUGUUGGACGUAUCGACACACGUAUCGACACAGUCGAACGAGGACACGUCUGACAAGACAUCGAAGCGCCACAAGGACGGGACAUCUCAUAGGCACAGGCGACAUGAUCGACGCGAGGAUCGCGAUCGCUCGUCCCGGCACCGCCACGACCAUCGCUCUGAAAACUCAUCCGCGCAUGCUUCGGAAUCCCGUCGAGAUAGAUAUGAGCGUAGUCUAGAACAUCUUCCGGAUAAACGCCUUUCAGACAAGCAUCGAUUGGAUCGCGCCUCUGAGAGUCGGCAUCGUCAUCGCUCAAGGUCGCCAGCUCAAGACAAGCUUGCACUGGUGAGAGCACAGCCAGGGUCGCAACCCGACGCCGCCCCGGCAGGAGAUGCCCAGUUCAUUAUAGAUCAGCGGGGAGACCCUCUGAUCUCGAGGUAUCGCAGAAAUGACCGUUCAAAGGUUCCCCAGUACCGUCGCAAUGGGCGUGGGCGGCUGCUGGGCUCCGAUGGCUACCUGUCGAUUCACAUCGAUGCCAUGGACGAAGAAUUUAGCAUUCGACGGCCGGGUCAAGGAACCUCGGCUUUGAAAGAUAGGCACCUUUUCGCCAAGGUUCGUCACACGAAGCCAAGGCGAAUUCGGGUACGGAAAGACGCCACGGCAUCAUCAGGCGAAGAGGACUUCGUCCCACUCAGCCAAGCGAAGAACCGACGCCACGAACAUGACGCGUCGGCAUCAGAGGACGAAGCCAUGGUUUACAGGUCUAUCGAAGGCAAAGCCAAAGCACAUCAGUAUUCUGACAGUGAGCUGGAAUACGACUCGUCUGACGCCGGCGAAUUGAGGUUUGACGACGAUGACCCAGCUAGAAAGAAGUCCAUCGAGCUCUCACGUCGCGUCAAAGAACAUCCAAACGACAUUGAAGCAUGGCUGGCCCUCAUUUCCCACCAGGAUGUGCUCUUGCAGAAUAUCCAAGACUCUGGCGGUGAAGCUACUGAGGCCGAGGUGCGCAGCUUUGCCGAGAUUAAGCUUUCCAUGUACGAGAGCGCUCUUCAAGCCCAAUCUGCAGACCAUGAAGAGCAACUCUUACUCGGCAUGAUGCUGGAAGGAGCCAAAACUUGGCCAGCCUCUAAGCUCCAUCGGCGACUACUAGACGUUGUGCAGCAACACCCGACCAGCUUCGUGCUUUGGAAAGAGAGAAUCGACUCGAUGUUGACGAACAUGACGGCAUUUCAAUUCCAAGAGCUGAAGGAUGCUUAUCAAGAGCGUCUGCUAUCUCUCCCUGGCUUACAGAAGUAUCCUGUGAGUCCAUUUCCAGGAGCAAGUCAGGGUACAGACGUUCAAGCGCUUCAUGAGCAAGUCAUUUAUGUUUUCCUGCGCAUGACAAGGUUCGUAUAUGAUACAGGGUACCGCGAACUCGCCGUGGCUGCGUGGCAGGCCGUCUUGGAGUUGAAUCUCAAUCGACCCUCGACACUCUCUGACGCGUCAUCGACAGAGGUUAUGGAUCAAUUCAAGGACUUUUGGGAAAGCGAGGUCCCCCGAAUUGGUGAAGACAGCGCUCAGGGAUGGGCUCAUUACGUGCAACAAGACGGACUACUAGAUGCCCCUGACCCCGUGGCACACCCCAUUCACAGAAGCAAGUCGCGCAACGUGUACCAGGCAUGGGGGGCCACCGAGCACGUACAAGGCCAGCAAGCCAGGCUGCCUGCCCGAUCCAUGGAUGAAGGUGUUGAUGACGAUCCAUAUCGCGUCGUCAUCUUCUCGGAUCUGGAAAACCUCAUCUUUUGCGUCCCUGGAGCUUUGAUAACGGCUCUGAGAAAGCAGUUGGUUGAUGCUUUCCUCUUGUUCUGUCAUCUGCCUCCCGCCGACGGAUCAAAUGGAUGGAUCAAGGCAGCAAUGAAUGAUCCUCACGUAGUUGGCAGCCUCCAUGGCCUGAGGAGCGAGCUGCUACGAAAGCCUGCUCAGCACAACCCCGACGAGGACGAUGCAAAACGCCUUCCGAUCUUUGAUUAUGAUGCGCAUCAACUGAGGGCAUCCUUCGACUGUGUCUUCGCAAGUCAAAGUUGGUUUAAGUAUUUUGCAGGUUGGCCAACCCGUGACAAAAACCUAGGGGGCCCUGUGCCGCUUUCUUGGACUGCAAACGCGGUGCGGCAGGUGGUCAACACCGCAGCUGCUGAGUCGUUGGCUCAAUACUCUUUGGCCCUGGACUGGAUUAACGACCCCGCCAAUGUCAAGAAACGAGCCCGGGCACUACUGAAACAAUUCCCACGCGACCUUCGAUUAUACCUGGCAUAUGCGCUUGCAGAGGAGAGGAAUGGGAACCUGCAUGUUGCAAGACAAGUCCUUGUCUCCUCUGCUGGUCUAGCUAAGUUACUCAUCACGCAACAAACCCUACGCGGCAACCUAGGCUACAACACACCAGCUUCUGAAGCUGAAUCCACAGCUCUGAACGCAGGUGCACUGAUCCUAUGCGAGUAUCUGACAGUUGGAGGGGGAUCUGAAUCAGCGUCUCUGAUGCAGGGCAACAUUUCGACAGCAAUGGAUAGAGUAUGGUCGGUGAGCGAGGGUCUCAGUAAGUGUGGCUUUGCAGGCCAAGCAGCCCACGAGGUUUUACUGCAGUCAGCGGCAAGGUUACUCUAUUUCCAUGCCAGGCAAGGUCCGUUUCGAAGCGCCUAUCUGCGAGAGCAGCUUGCCAAAUGCCUCGGUAUCUUUCCUAGGAACACAAUGUUCCUGAGUCUUUUCGCAUGGGCAUCUUCGAGUUUUGGCAUUGACGACCCCGUCGGAGACAUGCUUCGCAGCACUGCCCUCGCAAAUCAGAAUGAUUGCGUCAGCAGCCGGAUCUUUGCCAUCAACUAUGAGCUACAAAGAGGCAACUCGCACUCGACCCGUGCCGCCUUUGAACAGGCACUUAAAAGCCCGGCGUGUCGAGCCAACAGCGAGCUAUGGCGGUGCUAUAUUCAGUUUAGCCACUCGCGGAAGGAACUCCGAGCCAAGGCAAAAGACAACUUCUUCCGUGGCCUUGGGCAGUGCCCGUGGUCCAAAGACCUGGCCAUGGAGGCGUUCACUACGCUGGCCAACGUGAUGGAUGAGUUUGAGCUGGGGUCAGUUUUCAACACGAUGCAGUCCAAGGGGUUGAGACUUCAUGUAGAGCUGGAUGAGUUUCUGGCCACGCAGGGCAGGGAAACAGGAAGGCGGUAAGAGAGAGAGUCUUCAGUUGGACUACAUCAUGAUGAGCAAGCAUGGUGCAACUGCUCAGGAUGACUCAAUGCGGCGACGGGUGCAGGGCUGAAUUCUGCCGUGAACCGUUGUCAAGUGAAAUGAUGCAGGAGCUAGCACUACAUGCAAAUCCACAAUAGC